GGUUGCUUGCGAUCGUGUCGGACGUGUGUGUAGAAAUUUUUACUGCUUGGUUGCUGCUGCCUUUUCUGGAUAAUAAAAAAAUAGCUCUUGUGUUUCGGUGCGAUUAUAAAACAUCCGUCUUUCUAACCCUUCGCGUCGCGUCGAACACUAACAUCUUCCGCAGCAUACGGACCACUGCGGGAUCACGGUGCAAUCCGCGGCGCGAGUGUGGUGCAAUAUUCUACUGUGCGAUAUCGGAACCAGAAGGAACGGGGUAAACUCUUCCUUUCUCGGAGGUCUCCCACGAAGUGAAAAUAAUAAUAAAUUAUUGUGAUCAAUAUUUUGCUUCCUCCUGCUGUGAAUAUUUCGUAUCUUUGAGAAGCGUAGGCUUCUGGUUAGUGGAGUGCCGAGAGUUUGAUACAGGUGCGAAAACCAAAAUUCAAUUGUAGAGGAAGAAAUCCUUGGUCUGUGUCACAAUUUUAGUGGUGCUUUGUGAUGUUUGCGAAAAAGAAAGAGAUGAAGCUGCUGUAGCAUGAAAAAAAUGAAAUAAGCUUCAGGGAAGGUCAGAUCUGAAAAAAGGAGCUCUGCAAUAGAAUAGGAAGUGAAAAAUCUAUUAGAUUAUUAUCUGCUCGAAUCAGUUGAUAUUGGAAAACAUUUAAACACUCAGCAUGGACAUUUCAAAGGAGACGGAAAUGGAUGAAAACACCGAGCUGGAUCCGAGGAUUCAGAUCGAACUGGAAAAUCUCAACACGGCAACGGAUGAUAUUAACAAACUGGAAAUUGAGCUAGAGGAAGCCAAAUCAACCUUUCGGAUACUGAUGAACGAAUCCACCCGGCGGCUAAAGUUAUCGUCCAAGAAACUCGGCAGCUGCAUCGACAAGGCACGACCGUACUACGAGGCACUGGAAAAAGCCAAAACGGCCCAGCUGGAAUGUCAGGCGGUGGCGAUCAAGUACCAGCGGGCGAACGAGAUCCAUGCGGCGGCCAAGGAAACGGUGGCACUGGCGGAGCAACGCUUCAUGAGUAAUUCACACGAGUGGCAGUUCGAUAACGCCUGGCAGGAGAUGCUUAAUCACGCCACGAUAAAGGUGAUGGAUGCCGAGAAACAGAAGGCGGAAAGCGGGGCCGAACACCAGAAGAAGGCAAAAGUAUUCCAGGAAGCAGAACUGAAAGUACAACACUUGGAGGAACGCAACCGACGUAGCAUCCACAAAUCGAGGCCAUACUUUGAGGAGAAGCAACUAUGCCAGGAACAGCUGGAAGCACAGAAAGGCCGUAUCCAGCAGCUGGAGGAUCAGAUCGCUGCUGCCAAAACUGCCUACGGGACGGCUCUGCGGAAUUUGGAGCAAAUCAGUGAGGAGAUUCACAAGCAACGGGGUGACCUAAGCCUUGCAGCUCCGUCCGGUCCCCGGGAGCCCGGCGUGGGAGCCGAACUGUCCAACCUGCCUCCGUCGUCGAGUUCGAUGAAGCUGAGCUCACCUGGUGCAAGUAGUUGCUGUAACUACAGCAACUUCAGCUGUAAUAUGCCGGACAUAUCGACUGAGCUGGAUAAGUGCGAGAUUCACUCGGUGGGAAGUACCUCGUUGGCAACCAGUUCUGCCGUCAGCGAAAAGGAUCCAACCGAGGAUGACUACAUGAACGAUGCGGAUCUUAAUCUGGAACUACUCCGGCAGAAAGUGAAAACACUAGCCGUCCGUCCGGUUGAAGGUGGCGAUGGCCAACAGCAGGAACAGGAUGUUUGGGAGCAUGAACUGAACGCCACCGUAGAUAAGCUAGACCACCUGAUGAUGCUGCGAGAGUGCUCUGCCAGUAGUAUAAAUGGUGCCUCGCUCGGCGAUAGCAGCCAAACCAACAACUACGCCAGUCUGCCAACCACUCCAAAGCACCACCAGCAGCUAUCACCCGUGUUGGCGGAGAAGCAAAAAAUUAAAAUGUUCAAAAAAUUGGAUCCCCUUCCGCUUGCAAAUGUCUCGAUGUAUGCGCUUCCAACCUACCUUAGCAGCAGCGGCAGUGGGAUGACCCCCACCUGCUCAGGUAUUCCUUCAGUUCCUAUGGGAUACAAUGAUCUAGUGACGCCCCGUAACGAAACCGUUGCACCCAUUCUUGGGUACAAGAGCAAACGGAAGAUGUCCAUGUAAAGUUUGUGGUAACUAUAGUUAGCUGGUAAGCAAAUCGACUGACAAAAAAGACGGGGACCGAAUGCUUGAUUCAGAGAAUCGUACUUGGGAUGCUAUCCGGAUUUCCGGGUAGGGUGGUGGUCCCCCCUCCGCUCGUGUGGUCGUGUCAUAGUAACGUUUAUGUUUAUUUUUUACAAUAUGAUAGGUUCAUUCGCUUCGUGCUUUUUCGUGUAUUUUGUUCAUUUUCUACGUUUUACUAGGAAUAACGAAAUGGUAACAAACAGUGAAUUCUGAAGUAGGACAAAUGAGACAGUGGAUAUGGUAGAUGUGAGUAGGAAACCAAUCUCGUUAGGAGAUGUUGGUAGGAUCUUAAAUCGGUCAAAACAAAUCUGAAUGAAUAACGGUAGAUGUAGGCUUUGCCUCUAAUUUUAGAGUGCUGCUCAUUUUUUUUUUAUCAUUUUGCACACAUUGUUUUGCCGAUUUACUGUAACACACAAGCAAUGUGAUAAUCUUUUGAUCAAUUGGCAUUUAUAAGCUAGAAUUGCUACCGUAUUUUCGUUUGCAUUGCACAAUCUGAGUCACGGUUUGUAGGGUUGUUUGAUUUUGUAACUGAUCGAAUAUUUAAAUACAGUGGGAAGCGACAAUUAUCCGGAACAACUCAAUCUUUCGGUAAUCGAAACGGCAAGCGUAAUAUGUCGGAUAACUGAAGCUCAACUGUUCAUGUUUUUCCUUGUUAUGAAAAAUUCUAACUUCGUUUUGCGUUUCGUGUGAAAACAAUAAAAAAAUGUUACCUUAGAAAGCAGAGCCAUGCUAAACUAGAAAACAAGAAGAGAAAUCAUACACAUUAUUCAUCAGUACAAACUCAACAUGUAUACUAAAAAUAUACAUCCGUAAAACUACAUAAAACAAUUAAAAAUGACUAGAAAUACUAUAUUUUCACCGUCACCUGAUUUUAAACUAAUUGUUUGAAAUAAUUAAAUAGUAGGGCAAAGCACUGUUAUCGAUAUCAUACAGACCACUGUAGUAAAUCAGCUUUUGAAUUCGGAUAGAUGGUUCCAUUGAAGUGUAUAAAAAAAGCUUUAUUAAAAUAUAAAACUGUAUUGGUCAGUUAAGUAAAUCAACUAAUGUAUGAGAACAGUAGAAAACUGAAACUAUAGUGAUUAUCUCGGGACGAUUUGUUUUGAGAUACAGCACACACUGUCUCGUAACAAUGUGAGUUCAGAAAUUCAGAUGUUUAAUGAAAAUCUAUCAGAGAAGAGUUUAUUUAGUGCAAGAGAAUAAUCAAGUGCAGCAGUUUUUGCCUUUUAUUUUAUUGCACAUAGAUGAAAAAAAAAAAUGGAAUAGUUGAAAUGGUUUUGAACAUUUAACAGACUUUAAUAGCAUUAGGUUUAACAUUGAAAGGAGAGAUGUUUUGGUUUGGUUUGUGGAUGACCUACCUUAAAUCUGUAUGGGUUUUCUGCAAGGAGAACGAAGCAUACUAACGGAAAGUUUUAUUAACCCAUCUGAAUGAGAAAUACAAACUUAAUUAAUGCGUAAA